CUCCUUGGAGUUGCAAAUACUUGAGACCCCGCACACAGGGAAAGCCUUGGAAAAACAAAUAAAUCAAAGCUCAGAGAAGCACUGAAUCUUGAAAGUAGGAACCUCUUUGAUAAAUCUGAUUAGUUUGCGUCUUCAAUCGAAAACCAUGAAGGCCCGUCGACCCAGCUGCACCGACUCUGGAUCCGAAUCUUCAGAGCUGGACUCCAAGAGCCCGGAGAAGUACGAGACUGCUACGAGGCGCCGGAUGGCUGCCAACGCCAGAGAGAGGAAGAGGAUGCAGGGCUUGAACACAGCCUUUGAUCGCUUACGUAAGGUGGUCCCACAGUGGGGCCAGGACAAGAAGCUGUCCAAGUAUGAAACCCUGCAGAUGGCCCUCAGCUACAUCGUGGCCCUCAACCGGAUCCUGACAGAUGCCAGGAGGCACACUGGUUCUCACAGGCAGUGGCUGGACCUGCAGUUUGAUUGCGUGCAGCCUGAAAACUACUCCUGCCUCAUGAGGUACGACUCCGCUACCGGACAGGAGUACAUCCACUCAUCGCUCUCGUAUCAGUUUGACGGGCACGAGGUGCACGCGUAAACUGCUCCAUCGAGUAGAUAAUCAGUCAUGUUGUUGGAUGUGAAUGACAAUGUGAAUCAUUUUUCUCCAGUCUAGGAGACAGUAAAUACAUUUGUAUUGCAUUAUUUUCAUUUUGUAUGACAAUCAAAGAGUCUUCGGUUUCGGCUUGAAGCCUUUCAUUUGUUUUUGCUAGGAAACCCAGCAAUGUUGAGCAAGUUUUUGUUCAGAGUAUAGCAAUGAAACAGCUGUAGUGUCAUUGCAGACCGUUAGAUUGUACUGAGGAUACAGGCAAUGUUGUAAUUUUUUUAAUCGGUUAU